AUUUAUAUCUGUUUUAUGUGCUAAAUACAGUUAGACUAGUCUGUGUAUCUUUGAAUGUGACGUUUUCUCUAUAUAUUUGGAUCUUUAUGUUAUGUAGUUCCAAGUUUAUGUACUAAACAAGAGAAACGAUGAAUCAUCCGAGAUCGGUUAGUCCUUCGGUUUCUCCAGCAAACCCAGAUCCAUUAGACAAUCAACGUCAAUCGAGUUUUGGAGAAUUCUCGAGAUUGGAGAAACGAAUGGGAGCCAAGAAGAUGACGUUUCACUCCAAGUCUAUGCCCAGAGGUUCCAUGUUUCUUGACCAAGAAGCUUCUAGAUACUCCCACGACAAGAGGUUUGACCUAUUCAGGACCAUGUCAGGGAAGCUCGAACGUCAGAUAUCCAAUUUACGAGGAAAACCCGUCGAGAGUUCGUUGCAGGAUAAAGAGAUCACUGAAUCUUUAACCGCUGAUAGAUUCUUCGACGCUCUUGAAGGCCCCGAACUUGAAACUCUCAAGGAGAAGGAGAAGAUAGUUUUGCCUGAGGACAAAACGUGGCCGUUUCUUCUUCGGUUUCCAAUAACGUCGUACGGGAUGUGUCUUGGAGUAAGCAGUCAAGCCAUCAUGUGGAAGACCUUGGCAACCACAGAGGCAGAGAAGUUCUUGCACGUGACACAAGUGGUCAACCACGUGCUCUGGUGGAUCUCUCUCGUCCUCCUCAUCGCCGUCUCCAUCACUUACCUCUUCAAAACCAUCUUCUUCUUCGAGGCGGUCCGCCGCGAGUUCCGGCAUCCGAUCCGAGUCAACUUUUUUUUCGCUCCUCUCAUAUCAGUCCUCUUCUUGGCACUUGGAAUCCCACAUUCCAUCACCUCACAUCUUCCCUCUUUACUUUGGUACUUCCUUAUGGCUCCGAUCUUGUUUCUUGAGAUGAUGAUCUACGGACAGUGGAUGUCCGGUGGACAAAGACGCCUCUCCAAAGUCGCUAACCCUACGAACCACCUUUCCAUCGUCGGUAACUUCGCCGGAGCUCUUCUCGGAGCAACAAUGGGGUUGGAAGAAGGACCAGUGUUCUUCUUUGCCGUCGGAUUGGCUUAUUAUUUGGUUCUAUUUGUGACUCUCUAUCAGAGACUUCCCACGAACGAAACCUUACCUAAAGAGCUUCACCCUGUUUUCUUCCUCUUUGUGGCUGCACCUGCUGUCGCUUCCAUGGCUUGGACCCAGAUCUCUGCUUCUUUUAAUCUCGGUUCGCGCCUCGCUUACUUCAUCUCCUUGUUCUUGUACUUCUCUCUGGUUGUUCGGAUCAACUUGUUCCGCGGAUUCAAAUUCUCGCUAGCUUGGUGGGCUUACACGUUUCCGAUGACGUCAGUGGCCACCGCGACGAUCAGAUACUCAGGGGAAGUCACCGGCGUAGCAACUCAGAUACUGUCGGUCGUGAUGGUGGGGGCAGCAACUCUGACGGUGAUAGGUGUCCUGGUAAUGACGGUAUCGCACGCUUUUGUACAACGUGACCUCUUCCCAAACGACGUCGCCAUUGCAAUAAGUGCAGAGCAACCAAAGCAGAAGAAAUGGUUCAAACAGCUCACAAAUGGAAGUUUCGGAAAUAAUAUGAGAUGUCUCAAGGUUUUGGACCCUGAAGACGAACAAAUAGAUGUAGAAGCCCCUCCUUUAUUAAAUGCACACACGGUGUAAUCAGCCAGAUUAUUUGGCUUUGAGGUAUGAAAAAAAAAAGUAUAAGCAAAUGAUAAUAAAACAGAAAACCAAAAAAAGAAGAAGAGGAUGCUCUCUGACGAUGAUACCGGUUGCAGCUUCGUCAGACUUAAGCAGCUGGGGGAGUUUCACUCUCACAAGUACUAUCUUUCUCAUGUCUUUUACUAGAGUAGAAGAAGACACAAGAUUUAACAAGCCUAGGUUGUCAAGUCUUCUUGUUCAGAGUGAAUCCAGUUGCUUGAUUCUACUGGGAAGACGUGUAAAGAAACUCUCUGAUGACUCUCCAACUCAUGAUCAGAUCGCAUCCUUUCAACUUCCACUCAAAGCCACGUUAUCACUAAAGGUAGACGAAUCCAUUCUCCUCCUCUGUUUCUUCUUAGACUUUCAAGUUGCACCCACUGAGUUUCUUAUAUAUGUGUGGGUAAUUGUAUUGUUGAAUCGUGUAUUGUUUUUUUUGUUGUUGUUGAGAAAACUCAUGUAUUGUUAAGACUUAAGAAUAUUUUGUUAUAGACUAAUAAAUGUGUUACCAUAUAUAUUUG